AUGAACACAAGCCCGGCUUUUGUUUUCUUCUUCCUACUAGCCACCCUCACUACCGUUGCUGCCAGCCUAGCUUCGGACACUACGAGUGGUGCCUCUCUCGCAGCCACGUCUACCUUGGAAGCAUCCCCAAAUGCGACUCCCACCCCAACUCCCGACGUGGCCGAGAGGUGCCGCGAUCAACGUGUCUCCUCUAUUCAAGCUAUCCGAAUGAUCCUUAUUCUCGCCGUGGUCUCAGCCCUUCAUAUGCCCGGGUCUCUAGUCUACCAGAAGCGGUCCCGGUUCUACAGACUGGCACCAGAAAUUGGCCUGCUUGAGCUCAUUCCCACUCUCAUUGCACUCACUCAAAGCGCCAUAAUACAUAAAAGGUCUCCGAGGGAAGCAGUUACGGCGGUACUCAUUUGUCGUCACUACACUUCCAAGGAGGAUCCAUGGUGGGAGAAGCCUGAAUACAGGGACAAUGCCGGGGCUACCCCAACAGGCACAUCUGGUGGCGGCCAGUCUUUGCAAGAGGUUCUAGAUCACCUGCAAGCCUUUGGGCCAGCUCGAAUUCUUUACGUCACACUAGCUGCUACAACAGUGGCGGAAGCCUUCACCACCAAAGCAUCACUUGACCUUACCCUGCUAGUGGUAUUAUACGCGAUUCCGCUCUUCGCGCUCGAGCUCAUCUCCCUUGCGGCACUGCGCUGGAAUCCUCCGCGUUCGAUCUUGGAAACAAGCCAGGAAAUAAGAUCUUACGCCAAAUUGAUUGAUGAGAUUCAACAACCGAUACCCGCCGUGGACCAGGGACUUGUCAGACAGCGACUCUAUCGCGCCAUCUAUGUCGUGUUUUUCGUCGUGCUAGGAAUACCUGCAGCCCUCAGCUUGUUCUACCCUUUCUCCGUCCCCGGAUUCAUCUUCUUGGCGUUUUCCGAGUGGCACAGCACCAAUGGAAAAUGGUACAUUUCAUGGCUGACUUGGGUGGGAUGGUUGGUAUGCCUGGUUGCUGUCAUUCUCUCACUUUGGAUCGUUGCUUGGCUCCCGGCGUGGAUUAUGGCAAGGCCUUUUCCAGGACUGUGCACACGAUACUGCGAAAAGCGAGACCGUCUUGUGGCUUCUUUCCUGGACUGCGUAUUUAGUGAUAGGCCGUCACAUGUUUUUCUUGCUGACGUCUACACGGUACUCAAGAUCAUAGUCAUAGCGAGGCGCUUUACUCUCUAG